UUCGUAAGACACAACACCCAAGAAAACACAACCCGUGCAAAAAUGAAAUUGGCAAUCGUUUUCAUCGCUACCUUAGCCCUGGCUUUGGCCGCUCCAGCUGAAGAAAAGGACGCCCAAGUGCUGAAAUACGACAGUGAUGUGGCCGCUGAUGGAUACAGCUUCCAGUACGAAACCAGCAACGGAAUCAAGCACCAGGAAAAGUCGGAGCUGAAGAAAUUCGACGAAGAUGUUUCGGCCCUCGUUGUCCGCGGAUCUUUCUCCUUCGUCGGUGCUGAUGGCGUCACCUACACCGUGAACUAUGUUGCCGAUGAGAACGGAUUCCAGCCGGAAGCUGCCCAUCUGCCCAAGGCCUAAGGACAUUCGAAACCGCUUAUCCUAACCUGAGUACAAAUCUUUUAAACCCUUGUAAAUUUUGUGUAGAUAAUUAAA